UGCUCCUCGGCGGGGCGAGCGGCGGGCGUGAGGCGGGGAAUGUCAUUGCCUCUCCGACUGCCGCCUCUCCUCCUCUGGCGCCCUCGUCCCGUCGGCUCUCGCCGCCGCCGCCGCCACAGCUGCACGGGGAAUACGGAUGGCUAGUGGGGCGCAGGGGCCAUCUGGGUUGAGAGAGCGGCGGUCGCGGCCGCUGCUGAGGCGGAGACUCCCCGCCGCCGCCUCCACCCCCCGUUCCCCGGCCUCGCGGCGCUGAGGGCGGGAGCGCGCAGAGCUCUUCCCUCCUCCUCUUUUUUUUUUUUCCUCCCUCCCUUCCUCCUCCUCCUCUUCUCCUCCUCCUUCUCCUCGGGUCCCCGCCCAGCACCCCUCGCACCAGGCGGCGGCGGCGGCGGCGAGCGAGACCCGCCGCCGGGGCACAACAUGGCGGAGCCCUCGGCCCCGGAGAGCAAGCACAAGUCGUCCCUCAACUCGUCCCCAUGGAGCGGCCUCAUGGCCCUGGGGAACAGCCGGCAAGGCCACCACGGGCCCGGGGCCCAGUGCGCGCACAAGGCGGCGGGCGGCGGGGCCCCGGCCAAGCCGGCCCCCGCGGGGCUGUCCGGGGGGCUGUCGCAGCCGGCCGGCUGGCAGUCGCUCCUGUCCUUCACCAUCCUCUUCCUGGCCUGGCUCGCCGGCUUCAGCUCGCGCCUCUUCGCCGUCAUCCGUUUCGAAAGCAUCAUCCACGAGUUCGACCCGUGGUUUAACUAUAGAUCUACACAUCAUCUUGCAUCUCAUGGGUUCUAUGAAUUUUUAAAUUGGUUUGAUGAAAGAGCGUGGUAUCCACUAGGAAGAAUAGUAGGUGGUACUGUUUAUCCAGGGUUAAUGAUAACUGCUGGCCUUAUCCAUUGGAUUUUAAAUACAUUGAACAUAACAGUUCAUAUAAGAGAUGUGUGUGUGUUCCUUGCACCAACGUUUAGCGGCCUUACAUCCAUAUCUACUUUCCUGCUUACCAGAGAACUUUGGAACCAAGGGGCAGGACUUUUAGCUGCCUGUUUUAUUGCUAUAGUGCCAGGCUACAUAUCUCGGUCAGUAGCUGGAUCCUUUGAUAAUGAAGGCAUUGCCAUCUUUGCACUUCAGUUCACCUACUACUUGUGGGUAAAGUCUGUAAAAACUGGUUCAGUUUUUUGGACAAUGUGCUGCUGUUUAUCCUAUUUCUAUAUGGUCUCUGCUUGGGGUGGUUAUGUGUUUAUCAUCAACCUUAUUCCACUGCAUGUAUUUGUGUUGUUGCUGAUGCAGAGGUACAGCAAAAGGGUCUAUAUUGCAUAUAGCACCUUCUACAUUGUGGGUUUAAUAUUAUCCAUGCAGAUACCUUUUGUGGGAUUCCAGCCAAUCAGAACAAGUGAACACAUGGCAGCUGCAGGUGUCUUUGCAUUGCUGCAAGCUUAUGCUUUCUUGCAAUAUCUGAGAGACCGACUGACCAAGCAAGAAUUCCAGACCCUCUUCUUUGUGGGCGUGUCGCUGGCGGCCGGAGCUGUGUUCCUUAGUGUCAUCUACUUGACAUACACAGGUUACAUUGCACCUUGGAGUGGAAGGUUUUAUUCCCUGUGGGACACUGGGUAUGCAAAAAUACACAUUCCAAUCAUUGCGUCAGUGUCUGAGCACCAGCCUACGACUUGGGUGUCUUUCUUCUUUGACCUCCAUAUCCUUGUAUGUACCUUCCCAGCAGGCCUAUGGUUCUGCGUCAAAAACAUCAACGACGAAAGAGCCUUUGUUGCUCUGUAUGCGAUCAGCGCGGUCUACUUUGCUGGAGUGAUGGUGCGGCUGAUGCUGACGCUGACUCCAGUGGUCUGCAUGCUGUCUGCAAUCGCCUUCUCCAAUGUUUUUGAGCACUAUUUGGGGGAUGACAUGAAAAGGGAAAAUCCACCUGUGGAAGACAGCAGUGAUGAGGAUGACAGAAGAAAUCCAGGGAAUUUGUAUGAUAAGGCAGGUAAAGUGAGGAAGCAUGUGACUGAGCAGGAAAAAACUGAGGAGGGUUUAGGCCCCAAUAUCAAAAGCAUUGUAACCAUGUUGAUGCUGAUGCUACUGAUGAUGUUUGCAGUCCACUGCACCUGGGUCACAAGCAAUGCCUACUCCAGUCCAAGCGUGGUCCUGGCCUCCUACAAUCAUGAUGGCACAAGAAAUAUCUUAGAUGAUUUCAGAGAAGCUUACUUUUGGCUAAGACAAAAUACAGAUGAACAUGCGCGGGUGAUGUCUUGGUGGGAUUAUGGCUAUCAGAUAGCUGGAAUGGCUAACAGAACUACUCUGGUGGAUAAUAACACCUGGAACAACAGCCACAUAGCACUGGUGGGAAAAGCUAUGUCUUCUAAUGAAACAGCAGCCUAUAAAAUUAUGAGGACUCUGGAUGUAGAUUACGUAUUGGUUAUUUUUGGAGGGGUCAUUGGCUAUUCUGGUGAUGAUAUCAAUAAGUUUCUCUGGAUGGUUAGAAUAGCUGAAGGGGAGCAUCCUAAAGACAUUCGGGAAAGUGACUAUUUCACUCCACAGGGAGAAUUCCGUGUAGACAAAGCAGGAUCCCCUACUUUGUUGAAUUGCCUUAUGUAUAAAAUGUCAUACUACAGAUUUGGAGAAAUGCAGCUGGAUUUUCGUACACCUCCAGGUUUUGACCGAACACGAAAUGCUGAGAUUGGGAACAAGGACAUUAAAUUCAAACACUUAGAAGAAGCCUUUACAUCAGAACAUUGGCUUGUCAGGAUAUAUAAAGUGAAAGCACCUGAUAACAGGGAGACACUGGAUCACAAACCUCGAGUCACCAACAUUGUCCCAAAACAGAAGUAUUUGUCAAAGAAGACUACCAAAAGGAAGCGUGGCUACAUUAAAAAUAAGCUAGUUUUUAAAAAAGGCAAGAAAAUAUCUAAGAAGACUGUUUAAACACCAUGUUCUGGUUCCUAACUUGAAGCAGUUGUCCUUGUGAGAACCGGUCUUUGCCUUUUGCUCAUGUCGUGUUUCACAGCAACAGAGGGUACAAAACCAUCACCGGUCCAGGUUCAUGUACAAAAUUUUCUGGCAAUGCCUGAUUUAAGAAAUAAAAUUGGCUUGUUGAGAA